AAACAGAUUGUAGCUUUGGCAUGAUGAUGAUGACGCCCGUGAAAUGGUACUUGCUAUACAUGACCGGAUCCCUGAACAGGGACAAACGGUACGUUCCGAGAUACACGGAGGAAUCGGAGCGCCGCGACGUAGUGACAAUGACGUGUUCCAAAGGGAAGAGGUCCACAAAGAUAUCACCCAUGGCAUCGGACAUCAGUGUGCCGAUGGCCAAGAAGAUAAGCAAGCGCCAAAGUACCAGAAACAAAAUGUCCACGACCAUUAAGGUGACUAAGCCCGAUGCAGUGAACCCCUGCUGCUCAGAAACCAGAAACAAGCCACUCAGUAUUCCAGACUCUCCUAAAAUGCUGGAGUUCUUUGCCGAGGUGCGUCAGCGGGAGCUUAGGGACUACUAUCUUCGGAUGAAGGCAGCGGAGAGAUGUUCAAAGGUUCCUGCGACCUCUCCCAAGUGGAAGUCUUCCUCCCACAAUAUCUACUGCUCCGGGGCCAAGAGCGUGAGGCAAGAAUUACAGAAUAUAACUAGGAAUAAGAUUUGUGAUCGGUAUGGGGAUUCCACAUGACUAUGGAGUGCCUCCCUCGCACGUCCACACUCAGCACUGAGGUGA